UUGAACACUGUGCUGUGAGACCACAAACAUUGGAGACUCUGCAUCAUGAAUACUCUGUCUGAAGCGAAUGGCACCUUUGCUAUCCAACUUUUGAAGAUGCUCUGCCAAGACAACCCUUCAGAAAAUGUGUGUUAUUCUCCUGUGAGCAUCUCCUCCGCUCUAGCUAUGGUCCUCUUGGGUGCAAAGGGAAACACUGCAGUCCAGAUAUGUCAGGCUCUUAAAUUAAACACAGAUGAAAAUAUCCAUCGGGGCUUCCAGUUGCUUCUCCAUAACCUAAACAAGAAAAAUAAAAAGUACUGCCUUACAAUGGCCAACAGGCUCUUUGCAGAGAAUGCUUGUGAAUUAAUUCCAACCUUUAAGGAGUCCUGUCGUAAAUUCUAUCACUCAGAGAUGGAGCAGCUUUCCUUUGCUGAAGCUGCGGAGGAGUCCAGGAAACACAUAAACACGUGGGUCUCCAAUCAGACUAAAGGUAAAAUUCCAGACUUAUUGUCAAAAAACUCAGUUGAUUCACAGACCAGGCUGAUUCUCAUCAAUGCCUUAUAUUUCCAAGGAACAUGGCAUAAAUUCUUUGACAAAGACUACACCAAGGAAAUGCCCUUUAAGAUAAACAAGACUGAAACAAAGCCAGUGCAGAUGAUGUGGCAGGAAAACACAUUUUGCCAUGCCUAUGUGAAUGAAAUCCAGGCACAAGUACUGAUGAUGCCCUAUAUGGGCAAGGAGCUGAGUUUCGUGGUCCUGCUCCCGGAUGAGGGUGUGGAUAUCAGCAAGGUGGAAAACAAUCUCACUUUUGAGAAGUUAAUAGCCUGGACCAAACCAGACUUUAUGAAUCACACCGAGGUUUAUGUUUAUCUUCCAAAAUUUCAACUGGAAAAGGAGUGUGAUAUGAAAACACUGUUCCAGAACUUGGGAAUGUUGGAUCUCUUCCAUGAGAGCAAGGCUGACUUAUCAGGAAUGUCUACUGAGGAAGACCUGUGUCUGUCCAAGUUUGUUCACAAGUGUGUGGUAGAGGUCAAUGAAGAAGGAACAGAGGCUGCAGCAGGCUCAGCUGCAGAUAUUGUACCUCUCUGUUCAGAUUCUUAUACCCCAACUUUCUGUGCUGACCACCCCUUCCUUUUCUUCAUCAUGCAUGACAAAACCAACAGCAUUCUGUUCUGUGGCAGGUUCUCAUCUCCAUAAAGACAUAUUUAUUAUG